CACUCACACACACUCACACUCAUAUGAUCCCCUUCCAGUUGAGCAAGAAUUCUUAGCACUGAGACAACUUGUCCUCCAACUUGUUCAGGACUAAAGGAUUCUCCUUGUUUUGGGUGGACAAAAUGUCUUGCAGCACUCCUAGAACAAAGGAUUUCAUGAGAAUAGAAGAUUCAAACUCAGAUGUUGAAUUCAUCACUGAAAAAAAUAGGACCAACCCAGAUACAUCAUAUGACAUGUCUCAAACUAUUUGCUUGUUUAAAAAAUAUCUCACCAGAUUUCAACAGAACAAACGAAAAUCAAACGUGGAAGAGUCAGAAGUCUUCAAGAGGCGAACUUCACGCCCUUUAUUGCCACCUAAAUUUGGUUCUAAUUUGAAUCGACCUGCUUCUUUACUAGAACAAGCAUUACUUCCGGUACUUAGGACUGAUUCAUUACAAUCAAAUUCUCUGGAUGGGAGGUCUUCAACAUCACAACUCACUAUAUUCUACAAUGGAGCUAUUAAUGUCUAUGACAAUGUUUCUGUUGACAGGGCCCAAGCAAUUAUGCUCCUUGCUGGUAAUCAAAGCUGUUUGUCAAAACCUGUUGUCACAGAAAUGCCAAAAACAGAAGUGAGAACACCAUCUCAUCCAUCCAACUUACCAUCAAUUAAUAGCAAGUUAGAAAAAGGAAUUCCAAUGGCAAGAAGGUUUUCCAUCCAAUGUUUUCUUGAAAAGCGCAGAGAAAGGGUAAUAAGCAAAUGUCCUUAUGCUCUUCCCAUCACAAAAGAUGAGGAAGAAGACAAUGAGCCAACACUAGACAAUGUCGAUGAGUCCAAUCAAAAUCAUAGCUUUACUCUUUCACCUUUUCCUUCUCGUUUAGGUUAUUUUUUACCUGUAUCAGCUAAUAAAAACGGUUAAAGUUGGUACAUUAAUUUUAUGGCAAAAUGUUAUUUCUAGGGGCGUAGCCAAAAUUUUUUGCUUGGGGGGCCAAGAUAAAACAAUCAUAUUGAUUUGCAAUUCAAGAAAAAUUCAAAAUAUAACAUUCAUACAUGUCUUGGCACAUUAGUUUAGAAAAACAAACAUUAAAUCCAAAGUAAGUCUUAACUAUAUAUGUAUCAUAUAUAUAUAUAUAUAUAUCAUAAGAUUACUACUAGAAUUUUUUUAUUAGUGUAAUUCAAAUUAGCACUCAAAAUACUAACAAGCUAAUCAACCAAUUGAGCAUCGUAAGGAAGAAUUAAUGAAGAGAAAUUGAAGAGAGAGCACUCGGUAAUGACGAUGAGUAUUGAGUACAGUCUUUUGGGUGACUAUAAA